UUAUAAGCACGUAGUACGUACGUACGUAUGUACUAUGUACGCCGAUGCCAAUGCCAAUGGACUGCUACAAAAUAACAACUGCCAUCGCGUUCUUCUUUUCAUUGAUUCUUUCAGGGUAUAUUAUAUUUGGAGUCCUGAAGUUCAUCUUUACUCUGUUAUAAGCGAGGGAUCGAACAGAGUAUCCUGGUUCAGGUUUGGAGGAAAACGUGCGGUGGAAGGAAGUUCCCGUUCAGAGAGAAGCUUUGCACCGUUUCGCAUUGCGAACAAUAGAUUUCUUUUGAAAAUCUUCCAACCGUGGAUUCCAUUGAAAGAUUACUGAUAUUUGAGGAUUGAUAAAAUGGAGCAGCAGGGACCAGAUGUACAUGUAGCUAGUUCCAAACAGUCGGAAGCUACCAACCGAGCUGAGUUGGACAAAUGUCUGGAGGUACUGAAAGUUGCCAAGUCUGACCCAGAGAAGUUUGCUGCCCUUUUGUUGGUAACCAAGGUUAUCAAAGCAGAAAGCACUGAUGCUGCAAUAAGAAAGAGAAUCUUUGAUGCUGUUGGGUUCACCUUCCUAUCUCGUCUCUUGUCAUCAAGUUCAGUACCAGAUGGAUGUGAUAGUCAGAUGUAUAAAUCAUUAGCCAUGACUCUCCUAGCAUGCUUCAGUACUGAUCCAUUAUUAGCAGCGAGUCCACAGAUGGUAAAUAAACUACCACAAAUCAUGGAAUGCAUCACCAUGGCAACUAGUGCUAGUGAGACGGAAUCAACAGCUAGAGAAGAUGCAUAUCAAGUAUUAGUUGGCAUAGCAUCAACAGAGACUGGCAGAAAGGAACUCCUGAAAGAUCUUAGGGUCAACGUACUAUGUGAUAUUUGUCUCAAAGAAGGUCAAGGUACACUUAGCACUGGUGCAGAGGUUCAUCCAGGCACAUGUUGCAGCUUAUGGGUUAGGGCAACUGGAAAAAGACAAAACUUCAAACAGUCAACAUUUGGAUACAUCAUGCUUUUCAUCCCAACAACCCUUGAUAUACAUUUCAGGCACAAAAUUUAUAAUACAAAAUAACAGGUCAUGACUUGGCACUUAAAGUUCUUCUUCAUCUCCUUCACUGGAGUGGUCAGGAGAUGUGGCAGACAAACCAACAUGUUUUAAAUCAAUGGAUUGCUACCAUGGCAACAGAGUUCCAGCAAAAUCAAGUAAGAAAUCUCUCACAACAUUUCUAUCUUAAUAAAAUGUUAAGUAGUUUUCUAACUUACAAUAAUUGAAAAAUUGAAAUUGUAUAUAUUAUAAUUUUUCUGGUAAAUGUGGAGUUCCUCCUUUUACUUUCCUAUAAUCAGAUAGUAGUACCUUGUUCUUUGAUUCAAAGUCACCUAGCUGCCCAUAUAAUAGUACCUUGAACUUGCAGAGGGGAUCUCAAGGAGAAGGUGACUUUGUGAACCAAGGGUGCGUGGAGAGGGAUACCACUGAAGUCGUUAAAUGUUCACAGGUGCAAGUCCAUUUAGAGCCUUGUAAUUGAUGAGAAGUUUCUUAAAGUUGUUUGCUUAUCAACUGCGAACUGAUGAAGAUUGUGCAGAAUGUAUGAUGUAGGUACAUGUACAUCUUUGUGCGGAGAUAUUCU